AUUCAGUUGUUAAGUGCUUUUAACACUCAUCAACAUUGUUUAGAGUGAGUACUUGACACACUUUGAAAUAUUUAUAAUCGUUGCAUAUUUAAGAAUAAAAUAAAAAGUUUAAAUAAUAUUUCAUAAAUAUAAAAAGAUCAUAUGUACUUGUUAUAUCUAAUUCGCUUAUCAUAAUUAUAUAUGUUGCAUAAUUAUAUAUUUACUUGUAACAUUGAUUAUUUUUUCACUCAUUUUAAGAUUUAUCGAGAAUAUGCAAUAUAAAUUUUCGUUUUCGUAUUUUGCUCUAUUUGUAUUUGGUGUGGCAUCGGCGAGUGUUAAUAUGUUUCGCCUUUUUGAGGCAGUUACAACACACAAGUUAUUCGAAGCUGUUGCAACCGGUUUAUUUGUAUACGCUCAUAUGUGCUACGGAUUUUUUAUGAACUAUUUUGGACAGGAUAUAAUUGAUCAUAGCGAAAUUCUUUUUCAACAAAUAUAUAGCGCACGAUGGUACACAGCGCCACUAUACGCUCAGAAAUUAUUACUCAUAACAUUACGACAAAGUAUGAAGAAGAGUAAAAUAAUUGUCGGCGGUUUAUUUGUUAUGUCAUUAGAAGGUUUAGCCACGCUUUUGAGUAUGUCAUUGUCUUAUUGUAUGGUUUUGUAUUCGGUUCGUAAAUGAUUGUGCAAUAUAUUUACGACAGUAAAUAUAAUCCUCACAAAAAUCGUCUGAUGAGCAUUAAAAAUAACAAACAAAGGAUCGAAUUACUUAAUUACAAAAAUAAAAAUAUAAUAAAAUAUA